AAAAGAUUUAAUCGAACCGAAAGACGUGCUCGCAUAAAAAUCGCUUGAAUACAGGCUCGCAGACCUGUGAAAAACGGAAAAGUGCAGCGCGAAAACACUUUUUCGACUGUGGUGCUCUAACCUACGAUCGAGUCGCGGCGACAAGUCAAGCAUAAUUCGCGGAAAUGCGCAUGCAAGCGGCGUGUGGCCAGCAAAAUCGCUGCCAAGGCACCGCACACACACUCGGCCUCCCACACAUACACACUUAAAAAUGUGCGAAGACAACAGGAACUCUGUGCCAAAAUAAUAAUACCAGUACCCAGUACUUCACUCCACCUGUCCCCCAAAACAUCUAAAUAUCCGCGUUACGUAUACGCAACGAGUGCUGUAAACAAGUUGGCCUAGGCGAUAACAAUGUCCAAAUACGAUCUGCUUUAUCUAACGGCGCAGCUAACGCUGGUCUGCUGCCUAAUUGGAAUCCACGGAUCUAUCCUGCCCGGAGGACACGGGGUCAUAGAAUGCGAGCACUUUGACGAGAAGAUGUGCAACACAACCCAGGAAUGUGUAACGCGUAUAGAGCACUGUAAAAUGGAGGCGGAUAAGUUUCCCAGCUGCUAUGUCCUUUGGUCGGUCAACGAGACAACGGGCGCCCUGCGUAUCAAGAUGAAGGGCUGCUUCACGGACAUGCACGAGUGCAAUCAGACGGAGUGCGUGACCAGUGCGGAGCCACGGCAGGGAAACAUAAACUACUGCUGCUGCAAGGGAUCCCGCUGCAAUUCCAACCAGAAAUAUAUCAAAAGCACCACAGAGGCAACCACACAAGUGCCCAAGGAGAAGACGCAGGAUAGCAGCAAUUUGAUAUACAUCUACAUUGGCACCUCCGUCUUCAGCGUGCUCAUGGUCAUCGUUGGCAUGGGCCUUCUUCUCUACCGCCGCCGCAAGCAGGCGCACUUUUUCGAGAUUCCAACGAACGAGGCUGAGAUCACGAACUCCUCGCCUUUGCUAAGCAACCGUCCCAUUCAGCUGCUGGAACAGAAGGCCUGCGGUAGGUUCGGUGAUGUGUGGCAAGCCAAGCUCAACAAUCAGGAUGUGGCCGUCAAGAUCUUCCGCAUGCAGGAAAAAGAAUCGUGGACCACGGAGCACGAUAUCUACAAGCUGCCACGCAUGCGACACCCGAACAUCCUCGAGUUCCUGGGCGUAGAGAAGCACAUGGACAAGCCGGAGUAUUGGCUGAUUUCCACCUACCAGCAUAACGGAUCGCUGUGCGACUACCUCAAAUCGCACACUGUUACCUGGCCGGAACUGUGCCGCAUCGCCGAGUCCAUGGCCAAUGGACUGGCACAUUUGCACGAGGAGAUUCCGGCCUCAAAGACCGAUGGGCUAAAGCCAUCGAUAGCUCACCGAGACUUCAAGUCCAAGAACGUGCUGCUGAAAAGCGAUCUUACCGCAUGUAUUGCUGACUUUGGGUUGGCCAUGAUAUUCCAGCCGGGCAAGCCCUGCGGCGAUACACACGGUCAAGUAGGCACUCGUCGUUAUAUGGCCCCUGAGGUGCUUGAGGGUGCCAUCAAUUUCAACAGAGACGCUUUCUUACGUAUAGACGUAUACGCAUGCGGCUUAGUCCUUUGGGAAAUGGUGUCACGGUGUGACUUUGCCGGACCCGUCGGCGAGUUCCAGCUGCCUUUUGAGGCCGAGCUGGGCCAGAGGCCGACGCUGGACGAAGUUCAGGAGAGUGUGGUAAUGAAGAAGCUGCGUCCUCGUCUGCUGAACUCCUGGCGCGCUCAUCCGGGACUUAAUGUAUUCUGCGACACAAUGGAGGAGUGCUGGGAUCACGACGCCGAGGCCCGUCUUAGCUCUUCGUGCGUAAUGGAACGCUUUGCGCAGCUGAACAAGUAUCCAUCAACCCAGUUGCUGAUCAAGAACCACACCAACAUUGACGACGCCAAGGAAUCUACGAAUUGCUUAUAGAAGCGGUACUAAGCCACAGACCAGUCAACGGCUCUGUGGCUCUGGAAGAAAUCAGUUGAAGCUUUUAGCUUAGUAGUGGACAAUUGAUCGGCGUUGUCGUAAGAAGUUUCGUUUGUAGUUCAAUAGUUUGUAGUACCAUCAUCAGCAGCUAUAGGGUGGACUGAUUUAUAAGAAAAAAAGUCGUUUAAAGAGCUACUUUUUCUUUUUAAAUCAUAAAUCCACCCAUUCGAUGUUAACCCGCGAUCUUAAAUCUGUUGGAAAAGAGUCCAAACAUACACUAAGCAACGUUGAACAAAGAGCAUUAGAAGUGGCGCUAUGUGCAUAGACGUGGUAGUUACUCAUCUGACAUUGACUUCAUUGACUGAUAACCAUACAUACAUAGUUCUAUAUAAAUCAUGCAUAUAACGUACAAUUUGUUUUGCCCUCUGGCAGUAGUCUGUGUGCAUAUGUAAGCUGUUGAAAAUUAUCGUCAAGCCUUUUAAAGUAUAAUAUUAUUUGUACGUUAUCGAAUGCCUUCAUAUAGUAGUAGUUUUAUAUUUAAAGUUAAUUUCACUAUAAAUUAAUUAAUUUUAAUUUACUUUUUAGUUGUAACGUUUUUAUUUCGCGCUCAAACGUGCAUUCGUUUUAAUGUUGUAUUUUAAAUAAAAAUACUUUUAACUCCAUCCUAACCACCUGAUUUUAUAUUAUUUUGUCUGUUUUAUUUAUCAUUUUAACUAUUGUUUUAAAAACGUAGUGCCAACGACCCUCAGAAAUCGCGUAAGCAUAAUAAAUGUGUAAUUAUGUAA